GUCAGUGCAACAACUCACAGCUGCUAUGUAUCUUAUCGCUGCUGUAUAAAAGGACAGAAUUAUUUUCACAAAAAUGGGCAGGAGUUGUGCACAACUGGAAUGAUUGCUCUUCAUACAGCUGCAGACUUCACCUCAUCAAAACCUCUACAACCAUCAGAAAGGAUUAUGGCUUACAAUUCUCUGCACUGGAUGAACACAACUAUAGCAACCACAAAGCCGCAAUUGGUAACAGAGCCCAAAUUCAACCCAACUGCUGCUGCAAUUGAAAGGAUGAUUUACAUUGUAAUCUACAGCACUGUAUUCACAGCUGGACUAAUUGAGAAUAGCAUCUCUGUAUGGGUCUUCUGCAGUCGCAUGAAAACAAAGACUAUAACGAGUAUUUAUAUGUUAAAUCUUGCAAUAGCUGAUCUCUGUCUCAUUAUGACUUUGCCGUUACGUAUUACAUAUCAUAUACUUGAAAGUAACUGGCCAUUUGGAGAGACAGCUUGCAGAAUCACUGGCUUUCUUUUUCACCUUGACUUGUACAGCAGUGUCUAUUUUCUUACCUGCAUCAGUAUUGAUCGUUACCUGGCAAUAGUGCACCCAGUUCGAUCGCUCAGCUUUCGAAAAGUCCGCUAUGCAAAAAUAAUCAGUGCAACAGUGUGGGUUACUGCCAUACUUGGAACUUUUCAGCUCGCAGUGACCACUCAGUCUGUACAGGCACAAGAGAACACUACUGUGUGUCUGCAACUAUAUAGAGAGAAGCCAUCACUCUAUGCUUCUGGUGCUCUGAUAGUUGGGUUUCUUUUUCCAUUUCUAGUCAUUAUCUGUUGCUAUCUAUGCAUAAUCAAACAUCUUCAGUCAUACAGGAGACUUGACCAUAAGCACAAAGCCUCCAGAAUGAUUUUUACAGUAUUAACGGUCUUUCUGGUUUGUUUCUUACCAUAUCAUGUUGCCCGUUUACUGUACAUUAUUAUGGCAAAUCAGCAUUUGGAGUCAACACCCAAAAUUGAGAGUCUUGCCAUCAUUAACCGUGCUUUCUUUUGUUUAGCCAGCAUUAACUGCUGCUUAGACCCAGUGGUUUACUUUUUUGUAGGGGAGAAUUUUAGGGAGUCUCUUUACAGAGAGGAAAAAUGGAAAAGUACAACUGAAUAUAACAGCCAAGAAACUCACCCCAGUGUUAACACCACUACAAUAGAUGGUACUUAAAUACAGUAUUUGAUAAAGAAUUAUGAAACUAGAUUUUUAUGAAAGGUUCUCUUUUGUGGCUUCACCUAAAGCCAUACUGUUCUUCAUUAACAGCAGUGGUCUCGUUAAAGCAACUACUAAAACAAACAAAUUGCUAAAUAGUAUAUCCACGUGGUAAAUUAAAAUCACUGCAAGCUACCAGUAAUCGUUGUCUCAGUUGAAUGAUUUCCCUUUUUCAGAUUCCUCAAGGUCCACUUCCAAACCAUAAGGUUUGGCAAAUAAAUCUGCUCCUCAGCCUCCCUCACUGUGCAAGAACCACCUAACUUUUUGAGGCUUUCAUUAAUGUAGGCUCAAAAUUCUGAACAGCAGCCUAUAUCAGGAGCAACUUCAACAUUAGCUAACUUACAAUUAGUCUUAGGAUAAUACAAAAAGUCAACUUUUCCAAACUUUACCUUUUGUCAUUUGUGAUGAAGUCGGAUAAUAUUUUUUACUACAUUCUACAUUUAUAAUGGAGUUUUCAGACUUUGGACUUCCAGAAUGGAAUUAGCAAGUUUGUAGAAAAUAGCCAGAACAGCAAAAAUAAGUAAAUGGAAAAAGAACAAAAAAAAAUGUAACCUGAAGAUUUAUUAUUUUGACAGACAUUGAAAAGCUGGUCAUUCUCUUCGUCAAUUUUAAACCCAACCACACUUAAAAUCUAAACAUUGUUUUUCUUUCAAUGUUUUGAUGAGCCUCUCUAUUGUGAUACUGAGCCAUGGUCUAUUGUUUCCAAUUUAGUUUUCAAUUUGUACAGUUAGUUAUGUUAUCUAAAUUAGUGAUUUACUUCAUUUUCAGUGCAGAAGAGAAUACAUUUAAUAUGCCCAGACAGGCUGUCAAUUGAGAAUUAACUUUUUUUUUAGAAAUUAAUAGGUGAAUGGAUGACAAUGACUUAAUGUUUUAAGAGAUAUACUGUAGAAAAGACUAAAGGCACUGCAAAUUAAAUCGUAUUUUAUAGGUAAGCAUUUCCUUAAAUCAUACGACAUUUUAACACAACUUAAAAAUAAUCCAUUAUCCAAUACAUCUAACACUGUUUGUUAGGUAGAUAUUCAACUCUUCCAGAAUCAGACCAAAAUGAUUUCUAGUGGUUUGCUUUGGAUCACCUUGCUCAGCUGGUAAGCAUCUAACACUUAUAUCUGUCCUUCACAGCAAAGUAUAACUGAAGACUAGGGAAAAACUGCUGGUGUCGUUCUCAGUCCCCACAAAUACGGUCCUUUCUGACAGAGUGUAAGCUUCCACACAUAUUCUGGUACAAUGAAUCAGAGACCUUUGCCCUCCAAAUGGUCUCUCUCACCGAUGCCCCCCCAGCCCAAUCCUGGCAGACUAAUCCAUCGUUUAGUGGUUUUUGUUUUUAAGAAAGCCUGUAAUGUUAUAUUACAAUAGCUUUCUCUGAAAGCCUCGAAUCUCAAAGUUCAUUGCAAAGACUACUUGUGUUUCUGGACUGUCGAUUAAAAAAACUGGAAAAAAAGAUACUGCUUUAAAUUAGGAAAGCAGUGCAAGAUGUUUAGAGAUUGAGGCAAGCUACUUUAACUCAGUUAUAUACACAAUGUUGCCUGACUGGAACAGUGAGUGGGAUAAUUCCAGACAAAAUAGCAUUGCUUCUGCGUGUUCCAGGCAUUUUGCCCAGUGACAAGCUUUUGAUUGACUUUUCAAGUAGCACCAGAAGUUGUGUGUGAACAACCAUCCAGUCUGUGAAAAGAAAGCAUCCAACUCUCACUCUAUCCCCUCUAUGUGGAAAAAUAAAAGAAAAUCCCUAGUAGUUGGCAACCCUGCCCCAUCAUUCUGUGAGCUGCAUUUAUUGCAAAUCCCCUAGUGAAAGGGGACAAAUCGCUGAAAGGGUGAAUGCUCAACCAGAGAAAGACUGAGAAUCAGCACAUCCAGAACUUUGGUGUCAAACAGUCAGAAGGAAUUGAAAGGGCUGAAAGAAAACAACUCAUCAACAGUGAUCCAGAUUGGUGCAAGAGCUUUGGUUCUUUGAAUUUUUUUGUCCUUUUCCACAAAUAAAAUGUGUCUCUCACCUUCUGCUGAUGUUCGUAUGUGUAUGAGAAUUUUAAGGGGUAGAGUUUCAGUUACAAAAUUAUAGAUUAGACUUUCAAUUUUCUACUUUUCACUGUUGUUAGAAAUGGUUUGAUCACCAUGAAUAGUUGUUUUCGUGCUA